CUGAUCCGUGUCGCGCGCUCAGUCUCUCAGCGCGUGGAAGCAGCAGCAGCACUGAAGAGCGACGACGGGCAGCAUUUCGCCAUUCAGCUUGGUUCACGUUUCUUUCGCAGGAUUAUUACGCCGAAUCGCACCGAGGCUUGAUCGAGAGCGGUUUCUCUGAAUGCUGUGAUGAGUUCCUGAGAGCUUCGUUCUCCCCGGCUGGGUGUCUUGAGAGAGCAAGGGCUCUGUUGACAACAGUGGCACCAAGAGAAGCAAACACUGACGACGGGCCAUGGCUAGCGCAGCAGACGGCAUCGGCAGUUUGGGAACCGAACAGAGCCACAUCACUGUUCCCGUGGCCGAUCCCGGCGCCUGGGCCACUGCCAUGAACAACCUGGGCAUUGUGCCGAUGGGCUUAGCCGGGCAGCAGCUGGUCUCAGACUCCAUCUGUAUACAGGGUUUUGACCCCAACCUUGGCAUCAUCACCCCAAUCAAUCCCAUGAUGGCUGGCAUCAGUCUGGUCCCGCCCCAUCCUGUGGCAGCAGAACUUCCUGUUAUUAAGGAAAUCAUCCACUGCAAGAGCUGCACACUUUUCCCGCAGAAUCCCAAUCUUCCUCCUCCCUCCACGAGAGAGAGACCUCCAGGGUGCAAGACAGUGUUUGUUGGUGGCCUUCCGGAGAAUGCAACAGAAGAGAUCAUCAAAGAAGUGUUUGACCAGUGUGGAGAGAUUGUUGCCAUCCGCAAGAGCAAGAAAAACUUCUGCCACAUUCGUUUUAGUGAGGAGUUCAUGGUGGACAAGGCCCUCUACCUCUCUGGCUAUCGGAUGCGCAUUGGCUCCAGCACUGAUAAAAAGGAUUCAGGCCGAAUACAUGUAGAUUUUGCUCAGGCGAGAGAUGACUUGUAUGAGUGGGAGUGCAAACAAAGAUUGCUGGCACGAGAGGAGCGGCACCGACGAAAAAUCCAGGAGGACCGUCUGAGACCUCCAUCACCUCCUCCCAUAAUGCACUACUCUGAACACGAGGCAGCUCUUUUGGCUGAGAAACUGAAAGAAGACAACAAAUUCAGUGAGGCAUCGGCAGUGCUGUUCACAUGGAUCGACAGAGGCGAGGUGAACCGACGCUCAGCGAACCAUUUCUACUCCAUGAUCCAGUCAGCGAACAGCCAUGUGCGGCGCCUAAUGAACGAGAAAGCUCAGCACGAGGAGGAGAUGGAGCUAGCCAAAGAACACUUCAAGAAUUCCCUGCUUGCCAUCCUCACACAAUUUGAGCAGAUUACGGCUGUGUUCACCGCUGCCACCAGGCAAAAGGCAUGGGACCAUUUCUCAAAAGCGCAGCGCAAGAACAUAGACAUUUGGCGAAAGCAGUGCGAGGAGCUGAGAAAUGCUCACAGUGAAGAGAUCAUGGGAAUACGAAGAGAAGAGGAAAUGGAGAUGUCAGAUGAAGACCUGGAAGAAAACCCCUGCAAAAAGAUGAGAAUGGAGGACACGGUGCUGUCUGCGCAGACGUGUGCUCUGCGGGAGGAAAACGACAGUCUGCGCUGGCAGCUGGAUGCUUACAGGAACGAGGUGGAGCUGCUGAAGAAGGAGCAGGGCAAGAUGUACCGAACCGAGGAGGAUCACACGCAGGAACAACAGCUGCACUUCCUGCAGCAGACCAUGCAGAACAUGCAGCAGCAACUGCUUCGGCUCCAGGAAGAGCUGAAAGGGAAGGAGCUGGAGCUGGAGCAGGCCAGAGAUGAGCAGCACUACCUAGAGGGAGAGGUCCUCAGCCUCAGGGAAAAGCUGUUGAACGCCAUGGAAUCGGUAGACUUGUCAAACCACAACUCUGAAGGCCAUGAAAAGGGAGUCAAUGGCACUGCGGCACUCUACCACCAUCGAGAGAAGAAUAACGACGCGGUCAUUUGGGGUCCUUUGAGAUCAGAGAAAGAGGCUCUCUUGCUCGGAAUCAUAUCAACCUUCCUCCACGUCCACCCAUUUGGAGCCAACAUUGAAUAUCUGUGGUCUUACAUCCAGAGACUUGAUACAAAGAUCUCGGCCAGUGAACUUGAAAGACUAAUGGUCCGGUUGCCCAACAUGUUCAAGCAGGAGUUCAGCGGCGUUGGAGCGACACUGGAGAAACGCUGGAAGUUCUGCGGAUUUGAGGCUCUUAAAACGGUGUGACUUGCAGAGCACCAUGCACAUACACUGAGGCUUCUGGACCUCUGGAGGACUGAUCCAGAGUCAGCGACAAGAGCCAGAGCCUCACAGACACAAACAACAGGCUCUACACCCCAUACCGCCUCAGAUCCGAGGGCUGCCGCUCUCCAGAGGAAGUGAGACUCUACGUGCGGCGCCACAUCUGAUAUAUUUACUUGGAAAAGCUCUUUCCAGACUUCUGUACCGAUUGCGUAACUUAUCUGUCAGUGGCGUCGUCCCUGAAGGCUGGGAGAUAUCCAGGAAUAUCGCGCCUCUCGGUUAAAAAUACGGAAUACUGAAUAUGGGACACAGAUGUGUGAUAGCGGCCCUCUGCGCCCAUCAAAGCCAGACUGUGUGUGAAGACGAUUUCUGCUCUGAAAAAUGAUUUAAUUCAAGGCCAAAGUGCUGGAGCUGAUAGACAACAGAUGCACAGCUGAAGCUCUUUGGACAGUUUGCUGUGUUUCAGGCCUUGCUUGUUGUGUAGAUGAUGUAUGUAACUAUGUAACAUGCUCUUUGUGUCUUGAUGCACUGUUGUUAAAGUUCUGCUUAUAUAAAUUAUGAUUUUUAAAAAAAUCAAUUAAAAACUUUUUAUCCAAAAUC